AUGAGUGCAAGAUCGUUUGUGCAGACUGGUCGCAAGAUUGUUGCCAUUGGUCGCAAUUAUGCGCAGCAUGCCAAGGAGCUCGGCAAUGCAGUACCAGACAAACCCAUGUUUUUUAUCAAGCCAACCUCAUCCUACUUGCAAUCACCUGGGUCUAUUGAGAUCCCCCACAACACUGUUGUCCAUCAUGAAAUUGAACUUGGAGUUGUGAUUGGUAAAGAUGGCAGGGAUAUUCCAGAAACUGCUGCCGAGUCUUAUAUUGCAGGAUACUGUUUGGCGCUUGAUAUGACUGCUCGCAACUUGCAGGAUGAUGCCAAGAAAAAAGGAUACCCAUGGACAGUAGCCAAGGGAUACGAUACAUUUACACCAGUGGGCGACUUUAUUCCCGUAUCAAACGUCAAGGACCAUUCAAAUCUGAAUCUAAGUCUCAAGGUCGAUGGACAUGUCAAGCAAAAUGGGACUACUAAGGAUAUGAUAUUCAGGCAAGCCAGAUAUGAUGUAAUUCCUAAACUGAUCAGCCAUGUUAGUACCGUUAUGCGACUAGAAAAAGGAGAUGUCAUUCUUACUGGUACACCAGAGGGAGUUGGACCGAUUGCACCAGGAAAUGUGUUGGAAGGAUUGCUGGAAGAUCCAACAACCAAGAAGCCAAUCUCCAGCAUUACAUUUUCAGUGGUGUCUAGAUCCAAACCCCCACCAGGAGUGGAUCAAUAA